ACAAGGUUCAAAUUACAGAUAAGAACUUACAUAUGAUGCAAUAUUUUGUCAUAAUUUUUGCCACAUUUUCUAUUCUGGCACUUGUUCAGGGAAAAAGAGAUCGUAAUGAUCCUUUUGUAACCGGAAAAUGCCAGCAAAUUGUAACAGGAUACACAUUUACACCGGAAAAAAACGGGUGUUCGAUUUACUCUGCGGAAGGCUGUCGAGUUACUGGUAACUUUUUUAAUACACGACAGCAAUGCGAGAAAAAUGAUUUUCUCUCGCUAAAUUACGGAGACCUCGUCGAGUUGCAAAGAAACCUAUUGUAUUUACUUGCGCAAUCAAUGUGCAAAUACGUUUAUUUUAUGACGAUCCGUAGUAUAAGGUGA